ACUUCCUUCAGCACAUCAGGAUCAAAAUACGCUUCUAGGAAAAAGGCUGGAAAGUCUUAAUAAUUCACGUAAUAUAAUGGGACAUAUCUGGACCCUUCUCUGUUUCUUGCAAGUCAGCUUUAUCGAAAGGAGUUUAUUGAGACAACGUGGACCAACGUAGUGACUGAAGAGGUUACUUGCUAACUACCUAGCUGUAGGUAGACUCCUCUCUUUCCAGUCGGAUUGAUAAUCGAGACUUUCGUCGUUACGGUUUACAAAACAGAGUCAAAGUGUUUUAGCUGAUAUAGAUGAUGACCACUUCGAAGGACGAUUUAGAAGAACAUCUUGAAUGCUCAAUUUGCCUCGAAAAGUUUACGGAGCCAAAAGUGUUGACCUGUCAACACAUCUUCUGCAAACAAUGCCUGGAGGGACUGGUGACUCGAGUCCGCAAACGAUACAUUAUCAGGUGUCCCGUAUGCAGAGAAAAAAGUCAGGUACUCAAUGGCGAUGUCGCAAACCUUCCGUCCAACUACAUUAUAAAUCAUCUGCUGGAUCUCAGACGCACAAAUUCCAAGCCCUUUUGUAACAAACACGAGGACGAAAUCCUCAAGCUCUUUUGCCUGAAUUGCCAACAGUUGAUUUGUCAAGACUGCGCUUUAAUUGAUCAUCGCGAUCACAAGUACAACUUUGCUAAAGAUGUAUUUCCCGCUGAGAAAGAAAAGAUAGUAAAUGCCAUGCUGGAAUCAAAAGAAAAAGUCCUUGCUUUACAAGGAUCUAUGGGUGCUUUUGAGGAGCAGAAAAAGAGUCUGGAUCAAAACGCGCGAGAGGUCGACCAGAAAAUUGACGACUUCUUUAAUGAAGUAAUUCAGUUCCUAAAAGGAGAAAAGCAACGCAUGAAGGAUGAACUUAAAGGAGAAGUAAAGACCCAGAAGGAAAACAUUCAUGCAGAGUUGAGUUAUUUCGAAGCUUCACUCGAGUAUGCAAGCAGUAGACUUGAGGUUAUAGAACACCUCCUGGCUAAAGUAAGCGACGAAGAUGCCCUAUUGGCAAAGAACGAUAUGCUAAAACAACUCAGUGAUAUUAACUGUGUUUUGCCCCAUUUACAGCCAACCCCUCAGACGAUAUAUGACUUUGGGGCCGAUGACAUGUUGGAUGUGAUUAAUAAAAUGGAAGCUAUUUCUUUGCAUUAAACAGUGGUACACAUUUACGAGGGUGGUAAAUGGUUUACACGUGUCGCGUGAUUAAGGCCAAAGUCAAUAUGUAACCAUUUUAAAGAAAGGCGAGCGUGAUUCGUGAAUUUAUUAACCAGCGUGAGGCGUGAUCAUUGCCUCCUUAAAUAUAUGCCACCCGUGAAAUCCUCAAGAGGAAGACAGAUUUUAGGUUUUCCUUUUUUAUUCAUGUGCGUGAUGCGUGAAUUUUUCUGAAAAUCCGUGCAUGAAAUGGGAUCAGCACAACCUUUUUGCCACCCUCAUUUAAAGUAUUUUAUCUGUCAAUUAACAUAGUGUUUCAUUUUCAACUAUA